GGGGCCUGCAAAGUUCGUCCCUUCGCGGAGUCUGGACCCUCGGGCCGAGGCUCGCGCCGCGAGGCAGUCGCUGUUGCUUUUUUUCUCGGUGUCGAUGUUCGGGGGGUGGGGACCCGGUGCCAUGUGCUCGACGGACCCGGGGUUCGGGCGGCGGGUCGAUCGGCGACGGGGCGGAGCAGCGCCGGAGGACACCACGGCGCGGAGGACAUUUCCGACCGAUGCGGACCUGUGAAGUGGAGGAGCAGGAGGCCUGGGCCCGAGACCAGCGGCGCGCCAUGGCCGAGGACGGCGCCAGGGACCGCUCGGACGCGUCCAUGUCGUGCGACGACAGCGACGACGAAUCUUCCGCCGCGGGCAACCCGCUCGCGCAGCUGCAGAACGCGCUUCAGAAGACGGGCCUCCUGGGCGCCACUCUGGAGCCGGACGGACCGCGAGACUUCACCGACGUCGCCCCCAUGACCAUGCAAAUGCAACCGCUGUACCGAGCGCCACCGCCACAGUUGCAGUCUCCCGGAUUCCCGGGUGACAGCAAGCAAGCGAGCCUCGAGACCUUGGACAGGUCAUCCGCGUACCGCUGCCACCUGUGCCCGUUCCAGGGCAGCAGCAAGGCAGAGUACAGCAGCCAUAUCGCCAGUCACCUGGACCACAAGUGUCCGCUGUGCGACUACCGGUCCCGCACGGAGGGCCGGCUCAAGCGGCACGUCAAAGACUUCCACUCGGAGGAGCCCUGGUCGCCGGCGAGGUCCCUUGCCAUCGACGACGGCAAAGAGCGGACAUUUCGUUGCCGCCAGUGCGGUCACGUGGCGCAGAGCAAGACGGACUUCUGGGAGCACAGCAAGGUGCACAUCAAGACUGAGAAGCUGCUCAGCUGCCCGAAGUGCCCUUUCGUGACCGAGUACAAGCACCACCUGGAGUACCACCUGCGUAACCACUUCGGCUCCAAGCCGUUCAAGUGCCCCAAGUGCAACUACAGCUGUGUAAACAAGAGCAUGCUCAACAGUCACCUCAAGUCCCACUCGAACGUGUACCAAUACCGCUGCGCGGACUGCACAUACGCCACUAAGUACUGCCACAGCCUGAAGCUACAUCUGCGGAAGUAUAUGCACCGGCCGGCGGGAGUCCUCAACAACGACGGAAGCCCCAAUCUUUUCCCGGUUCUUGACGUAUACGGUACCCGACGCGGACCACGGAGGGGACCUAGACCGGACAUCCAACUUCAGCCACCGCUACAGAAUCAUCUACAGAACCAAUUCCAGAACCAAUUUCAAAACCAACUGCAGAAUCAACUCCAGGGCCCCCUGCAGGGGCUCCUGCCCGCAGUUGCCUGCGCUCAGCAGCAGCUACUCAGGGCUGCUGUGCUCGGGUCACCGGGGGUGGUGCCCUGGAAGUGCAGCGUGUGCGACUACACGACGGCAGACGAACAACAGCUGAGCCGCCACGUACUCAGCCACGCGGAAGGGCAAGACUUGUGUCGUCUGUACGGCAUCAGAAGCCUCCCAGCACCUCCCGAAGCACUGCCACCCACAGAGCGUGCAGUUGACUUUCCGUUCGUGUCGUCCACAUCGAGUCAAGACCCUCCUCUGCGUGAUGACCGCAGAGAAAACCGUGGGGAAGACCGCAGGGAGAACCGUGGGGAAGACGGCAGAGAGAACCGUACGGAAGACCGGAGGGAGAACCGCAGAGAAGACCGCAGAGAGGACUGCAGAGAGGACUGCAGAGAAGACCUCAGAGAAGGCCGCCGGGAAGACCACAGAGAGGAUCGCAUGGAGGACCGCAGAGAGGACCUGAAAGAAGUUCGUAGAGAAGACCCUCAAGAAGGCCAGACGGAACGCUGCAAAGAUGUUAAAGAAGACGUCAAAGAAGAGUGCAUAGAAGAGCGCAAAGAAGACCGUAAGGGUUUUCCGUUGGAUCUGAGCCGUGGACCCGUCGAACCCUCAAGGAGCCGACGCAAGGGCAGGGCCUUUCGGCUUGACCGUCUCUGCCUGCGGCUUCAGGAGAAUGAAGGUGAUGUGGAAACUCCAAGGGCAGAGGAUCCUCCAGAAGUUCCAUCUCCAGCGGUGCCGCAGCAGAAGCUUUCACCUCCCUCAAUCUUGGCGGCAAGGCUACAGGAGUCUCCGCCGACGGAGACGUCGGUAGAUGGAUCACCCCCUGCUAAGGACGCCUACCGCUGUGUCUACUGCGAUAUCGCGUUCGAACACUGCGUCAUGUACACGGUGCAUAUGGGUUAUCAUGGUUACCACGACCCGUUCACGUGCAACAUGUGUGGUCAGCGAAGCGAGGACAAGCUAGCCUUCUUUUUGCAUAUUGCGCGGGCUGCACACCUGUGACCAGGAACAAAUGCCCGCUUCGCACUGCAUGUGAAGAUGGAGAACUCGUAGCAAAAACCGCAUAUACCUCAAUGAGGAAAAAUAGGUUUCACGAACCGUUUUUGACAGUGAAAUAAUUGUGCCAACCAUUGCUAUCCCAUGUGAAAAAAAAACAUUUUCUCAUUUUGCAUGAUGCUAGGAGAACAUGCUCUUUUCGCCCCUAGUCUAGUUCAGAAGUUAAUAGAAAACCAACCUCCUCCGAUAAGAUUGUGUUUUCUCAACUGAGCUACUAGAUACUAUUGUAACUUGUAGAGGAAGAUGGUCGCUCUAAUCUUCAACUGUCAAGAGUAAUUGUUCGACAAAUUGUAUUUGCAGGUGUUUCCUGCGGAAGCAUAGUGAUCGAAGCAAAUACUUUUGAUGUUCCUCAAGUUUAAGUAGUUUAGGUAUUUUUAGUGCAUAGCUCAAGAUCAAACAUGGUCGUCAGUUCCUAGCAAUCAAAGCGAUCGCUUAGCCUAGCUCUCCCUGUAACGUCUUAAUGCAAGAACGCGGAUCAGAUCCCAUGGCCAAUAUGCUUGGGUUUCUCAAGACUCGUGGAUGAGGUUUAAGUUUUCGAUUCACACCGAAAAACGACUGCAUAGGAAGAAUCGUUGACUUCAGUCCCCUCUUCACGGAUUCGUGAACAGAUUAUGGGCAGACUCGUUUGUGCAAAGCAGUCCCUUCCGCGCUCAUGCGUCGAGAGUGCAACGGAUAACACUUAGACAUCGGACACUCCGAAACGACUAGUCAUCAUUCCAUGGACCUUAUUCUUCUGCGGGUGUGCUUGGUUGUCAGCUAAGCAAGCCCUGCAUGUUGAUGCCAGUGCUGACCAAAUCAAAAGGUGUCGUGGUGCCAUCGGAGGCCCGGGCUGUGACGCUUAUCUCGGAAAGGCGUGUUAGUUUUUUUGUUUGUUUUUUCUGUAAGAGUUUGAGCCGAAUACUGUCAGCAUGCUGGCGCAAAUGGAUAAUUCUUUACGGCUAAUUGUGACGGUUAAAUAAACGAAGUGUGAAUUAGUUUCUUUUUUUUCUUUGAAAUCUCCAUGACCACUGACAGCUUAAGAAGGCAACUGACAAGUCAUGAUGGCCUUAAAAGAAAUC